AUGUCCCAAUCAACUCCAUCAACUACAAUUACUCCAACUACUCCAACUACUCCUGGUAGAGUUUCAAAAGUUUUAUCAAUGUUAAAAUCUUCAUUAACUCCAAAUUCAAUUCAACCAAGAUCAAGAAAAAGAUCAAGUUCAACAAUUAAUGGGAAUAAGAUUUCUAUUCCAAUGAGUCCUGGUCAAAGUCCUGUUAAAGUUCAAUCUCAUAUUCAAAAUUUUGAAAAUCUUGAACAAAGUCCUAUAAAGAGACAAAAAAUUCAACAUUCAUUAGAAUCACCACCAAAUACACCAACAAAAUCAAAACCAUCAACUACAACAACUCAAAUUCAAUCAACAACUAUUCAAUCACCUGUUAAAAAACUUGAUUUCAAACAAUUUAUAACAAAACCAAAUGAUUCAUUAAUUUCACCACCUGUUACACCAAUUAAAUCUGAUAAAGAUGUUUUAAUAUCUGAAAAUUUAUUAACUACAAAAAAAUUGAAUUUAAUUGAACAUAAUCCAGAAGAAGAUAAAGAAAAUAUUGAACCAAAAACUCAUGAACCACAACAAACUCAACCUCAAAAAUCUAUAUAUGCAGAAGCUAAAUCACUUUUCCAAAGAAGUUCAUUAAUAACAAAUACAUUUACACUCCCACAAAGAGAACAAGAAUCUCAAGCAUUCCAACAAUUCAUUGAAAACAACCUUUCAUCUCAAACUUCAAAUUCAUUAUAUAUAAGUGGUCCACCUGGUACUGGUAAAACUGCACAAACAUUAUUAACAUUAUCUAAAUGGAUAAAUACAAAUCAACAUGGUGUUCAAUUAAGUUCGGUUGAUUCUCAACAGUUGAAAAUUGGUUAUACAAUGAUUAAUUGUAUGAUUUUACCACAAAUUAAAUAUAUUUUUCAAGAUAUUUAUAAAAAUUUAACAGGGAAAAAUUGUUCAUCAAUAAUAAAUUCAAAAACUGAAUUAUUAAAUUAUUUAACCUCUGGUGAUGAUCAAAUGAAUAUUAUUGUUUUAGAUGAAUUAGAUAAAUUAAUCACUCAAGAUCAACAAAUAUUAUUUGAAUUAUUUUCUUGGACAAUUCAACCAAAUUCUAAAAUUAUUUUGAUUGGGAUUUCAAAUUCUUUAGAUAUGAUUGAUAGAUUAUUACCAAGAUUGAAAAUUAAUGGAUUAAAUCCAAAUACUUUAUCAUUUUUACCAUAUACUUCAGAACAAAUCAAACAAAUUAUAAUAUCAAAAUUGAAAACUUUAAUUCCAUCAAGUUCAAAUUCAAAUGAAAUUCCAAUAAUUCAUCCUGCUGCUAUUCAAUUAGCUGCUAAAAAAUCAUCAAAUAACACAGGUGAUUUAAGAAAAGCAUUUGAUAUAUGUAGAAGUUCAAUUGAAAUUGUGGAAAAAGAAGUUCGUGGUAAUAUAUUACAAGAAAAUUCAAAUCAUUUAAUGUUGAAUUGGGAAACUGCACCAAAAGUUAAAAUUAAUCAUAUUGCUAGAGUUUGUGCUUUAGUUUUCGAUAAUCAUCAAACUCAAAGAUUGAAGAGGUUAAAUUUACAACAAAAAUUUAUAAUUUGUGUUUUAAUUAAGAAAGAAUCUGAAAAUCAAGGUAUUAUAACAAUGAAUUCAUUAUUUGAAUAUUAUAUUCAAAAUAUUAAAAUUGAUAAAUUGAUUGGUGUUUUGAAAAAAGGUGAAUUUUUAGAGGUCUUGACUGCAUUAGAAAGUAUUGGUGUUAUUAAGAUGAUUAGAUCUAAUAAAGAAUAUUCACAAAUGAAAUUGAAUUCAAGUUUAAGUAAAAAAGAUUUGAAAUUAAUUGUUCAAGGUAUAAACAUUUUGGAAACUUUCAUGGAAGGAUUGGUAUAA